AUGUCUUCCCUUCCGACUGCAGCAACAUCAAUCAGUUUUCGACCGCAGUCUGCGACGUCGAGCGUCGUAGAUGUUAUCGCGUCGUACCGCCGCGCGCAGGCAUUUCUCACGGACUCCGUGUCCGCGUCCGCGUCUGCUCCCUCCGACGAAGAGGACAUAGACGAAGAACCGCAGGGUGACGAAGAGGGUGGGAUUGGCAUCGAGACCGACCGGCGCAGCGCACGCGACGCGUACGGUUUCAGCAAUUUAGAAUGGGAUGAAGAUCUGUCCCCCAUUCCCGAGCGAGACGGCAGUCCUUCAAGCCUAUCUGUCAUUUCUGACCAGGACAGGUCGACCCCGAUUGCAGCCAUACCACCGGCAGGGGAGAGCACGCCUCUCCUGCGGAAGCCGACCGUUCGGACAAGCAUCACGCACCUCAACAAGGCCGCAAAAACCGGAACCAUCCCUGCCGUAGCGAACGACGGUGUCCCUAUUACGCUUGUUCGGCAAACAUCACGAUUGAGUGCGCAGAACAAGAUCAUUGCAGAAAACGCUCAUGGCAAAGCUGUUCCGGGUCACAGCACAUUCGGCCAGACGCUAUUUAACGCCAUCGCUAUCCUCGUAGGUAUUGGCAUGCUGUCUGAGCCCCUAGCAUUUUCAUAUGCUGGAUGGAUAGGUGGCACCAUGAUCAUAGUGUCGUAUGGACUUGUGACUUGCUAUACCGCGAAAAUACUUGCACAUAUCAUCCUGGACGAUUUGCGGCUGAAAUCAUACUCUGACAUUGGUCAUAAGGCCUUUGGUCCGCGCUCAGGUCCUCUGAUCAACGCUUUGUUUUGCUUGGAAUUGUUUGCAGUCGGCGUCGCCCUAGUAACAUUAUUUGCUGAUUCGUUGUACGCGGUAUGGCCCGCAUAUUCCCCGAACACCUACAAGAUAUUUUGUCUUGUCUUCCUUAUCCCGACGGUGUUCCUACCGCUGUCCGUGCUUUCUUAUGCGUCAAUGUUGGGCAUACUCUCUACGCUCCUGAUUAUCGUUGUGAUCCUCAUUGACGGCUUCUCGAAGCGGGAUCCUCCCGGAAGCCUUUGGAUUCCUGCAGAUACCAGCCUAAAAUUCAUGGGUAUUGGAAAACUGGGUGUCUCUUUUGGGCUCUUCAUGGCUGGGUUCUCCGGACACGCAGUCAUACCAUCGUUGGCGAGGGACAUGGUGGAUCCUUCCCGGUUUGACCUGAUGAUUAAUUAUGCCUUUGGCAUUGCCACGGCCGUCUACGCCAUCAUCGGCAUUGCAGGGUAUCUCAUGUUCGGGAAUUCUGUGAGCGACGAGUUCAGUCAGGACCUUGCCAAGUAUAGCGUGUAUCCUGUGCUUAACAAAGUCGCCUUGUGGGGCCUUGUUCUGACUCCGAUAUCCAAAUACGCGCUUUCAACGAGGCCGCUCAACAUCACCAUGGAAAUCGUGUUGGGUUUGGAAACGAACACCGCCCCCACGAGCGAACACACCGCGAAGUCCACAACCCAAGGAGCGGAGCCACUCACUGCGCAGCGGCGCAAGGUCGUGCUGAAGCGCAUACUCACUGCGGCGGAGCGCGCUGCAUUCACGAUGCUCUCCGUGGCCGUGUCGAUCCUUGUGCCCGAGUUCAGCUCAAUGAUGGCGUUCCUCGGCGCGUGUACCUCGUUCCUGCUGUGCGUCAUCGGCCCCAUAUCCGCCAAGGUCGCGCUCGCGGGCAGGUGUGGGUUCUGGGAUGGUCUCGCGCUCGUUAUCGGCACGGUGAUGGCGGUGUGGGGGACCGCUGCGACGGUGUGGUCGUCGACAUGA